AUGGACCCCAAUCGACUGCGGUCGCCGUCGUCGGCACAGCAGCCGCUACCAUCAACAGCUGCUGUUGCCGGCUCCUCUUCCUCUCCCUCAAAUGCGUCCACAUCAAAAGCAACCAGUGGUUUCAAUCACAUUCUUCGCACCAUUCGAGGUGGCGGACGUCCCUCAUCUUCAGCAUCGUCAUCCACAUCUGGCAAUGGUCUCCUUCCUAGUACACCUUUGGCUCCAAUUACCACUGCCCUUCCUACUUCCCGCAACCCUCAUGACACCAGCGCAUCUGCAACCCUGGAACCCCUCUCUCCUUACGACUUCAACAAGGUUGAGCCUCCCGAAGGCGGAGCAUAUGAUGCCUUGAUCCAAGAUCUGCGAAGACCUCUUCCAGCUACCUCCAGAGCACGCGAUGAAGCUGUAAGACAGCGUAUACCCAAGAUUCGUGCUCUAGCAGCUGCUGUCGAGCGUCAAAGCGGCUCCAAACCCAUCUUCACAGAUGACGUACCUCUGGCCGACGUCUUUCGUCUUUGCACCCUCCUCCUCACCGCCGAGCAACCUCAAAAACUCCGCAUCGAGACGUGCCAUCUUCUCACCUUGUCUGUCAAGCUGGCUGACAAGCGUGCAGCAAGCGCAUCUCCCGCACUCACCGAGCUUCGCAAUGGUGCUCCUGGCUCCCUCUCAUCCAAAAUCCCCGACAGUGACCAACCACUCUCUUCGAUCGACCGCGCUCUCUUCUACCGACUUGUCCUCAGCCUAUCCGCCAGUGAGAUCGACGACCGAGGUGCCCAAGACAACACACAUGUGAUCCUAGCAGGUUUGCCAGUCCAGCUUUGUGCCCUCGAGGUGCUCACCAAAGAUGGCCGAGAUGUCAUUGGCUUCCCCGGGCUGAUUGUCACUUUGACUCGAUGGCUCGAUGUGGCUUGGGCAGAAGUUCAGCGCCUUCGUGCACAACUCCAUCCUUUCGUCGACGACGCCGGCAGGAUCGGCCGUGCAGGAUCUGGCGAUCAGGUCGAAGAGGCUAUCACGCCGCAGACAGCCGCCAUCUCUCAGCUUUCCUCUGCAGAACGAAACGUACAAGUUUGCUUGCAGCUGCUUACUGGUAUUCUCAAGUACAGCUUUGCAAGAAUCCGUCUUUCGCAUGCCGAGAUGGCGAUCCGUAGCGCCGCUGAGCUUGUCAUUGGUGAAGCUACCGCCAGUGCGAUCACACUCCCCGGCUCGACCAUCAACUCGCCGCCUCUGAAAAGCACUCCUCUGCUGGGUACACAGCGUACCUCAGCUGUUCUGACACCAGCGUCACGCCGAUCUCGCUCUCGUGACGCUCGACCUUUGGAGACUGGCUACUCGUACUAUGGCUUGGAGACCAUCAGCCCCUCACGAGGGAGCAAUGAGACAUCACCUUCUGUCACGCCUCGCUCCUCCAUCAAGCCAAUCUCGAUCGAUGCGGUCACCUCCCAACUUCACGCAGCAGCAGCAUCAGCUAAACCCUCCAACGCCGCUCCCAUGACCUUGGCCACCUUGGUGCCCAGCCGCGAGUCGGCUCUGAGUGGUACUGCACCCGAUGAUCACGCAAGCUAUUGGGCUGGACCAGAACUGCACUUGGACGAAGUGCGCAGCUGCCUCAAGCUGCUCGACGCUACUCUUCGAUACGGUCAUCUCCCGCCUGCUUGCAUUGAUGUCGUCAUUAAGAUGCUCUGUCGACUUCUUGGUUACUGUCGCAUCGACUACAGUUCAGCCGGCUUCAUGCGAACAAAGACCGAAGACCGCCAAGAUGAUUGGCAUCCAGAGGUCUUGCCCAUUCUGUCCAACAUCCUUCGCAGCCACUGCGCCAAUGCCGCCAUUCGCUCGGCUCGAAUCAUACUCACAGGCGCUCCCGACACUGCCAAGGUCUCCCAACUCGAAGAUCCAGCGGUUCUGGUUGGCGCUGUCAACUUCUUCCACCUUGCACUAGAUCACGUUGCAGAGCAGGAAGCUCAAAACGGUCAAGGAUCCAGCUCUACCGCCUUGAGCAAGGCCCAAAAGGAGGACGCCCUUGCUCCUUCUCUGACGCUGGCACUCAUCACGCCAGCUUUGCGAGCCGCCUUGAAACGCCAAUGCGAUGUGCUCGAUCUCGAAGUCCUUCUCCUUAUCUCAAAUCUUCUUCCUUCCGCCUUAUCUGCUGCCGAACCAGCACCACUAGCCAAGCGUACAGUAGGCGAGAAGCAGAGCUCUACCGAGCACGCAGCCUCGUUGCACAACAAAACAGCCCGCGACAAGAUCUUUGCUCAGUCAGACUGGGACGCACUGCUUGAUCUUACCAUCGAUGCGAAGAGACAUCUCGACGGUCUCAAGCUCAGCAGCUCCUUCCUCAGCUCAUCCUCAAGCAAAGGCACCACGUCUUUGCAUGCCAAGGCUGAAGCUUCGCAAGCUUUGCCUAAUCUCAGCACGGGUCAGACUUCGCCCAUCUCUGCUAUGCUCAAGCUGCUAGACAAGCUCAGCAUCUCGCACCCACCGAGGGCUCCAUCGGACCUCAAAGACGCGGAGCAGAAGCAGCGCGCCACGGAAACCACCGACUCUGCCUUGUCACCCUCACCUCCGUGGACGCCCAAGCUGGCCUCCUUCCUCCUCACUCUUUCGCCUAUUUUACCAGAUGCAACAGUUUCGAAGUUGGUGCAAUACUACUGGACCCAGCACCUCUGUCUGCCGAGCAAUCCGGACUGGCUUCUCAACAUUCGAGCCCUAUUGCAAGCCUUCUUCUACCGCAACGUGUCUCAUACUCAGGACAGUCUGGAGGAAGAGAGGAGACGACGCGAUCUCGUCUCGCUCGUAUUCGACCACGUCUAUAACGCUGUACAGGACCUCAACACAGAGCGUGACCUUUUCAUGACAGAGAUCGUGUUGCCAUUGGCAAACUCGACGCUCUCGUCCGAAACAGACGUCAGAACUGAAACAAUGCUGCGCUCUGUCCUGGUGCACGCCGCCGUCCUCAGUGGGUCUCAGAUCCCAGGCCCAGUCGACCCAGAAGCCGAAAACGUGGAUGAUGUUCAGAAGGAUCAGUCGGGUUCGGAGUUCGAAGAGGUCUUCGUGGAGAUUCGCAAGCUGCUGUGCAGGCUUGCCCGCUCUGGUCCCUCGCACAAGGCUGUCACCUUUGACGUGUCGGCAGACGAGCCAGAAAAUCAGCAAGCUCAUGCCACGCCGCAUGCUCGUCGUGGUAUCACUGCUACCGAGAACAAAGCACGAAAUGCAGCGCUCGACAUGAUUGCUAUCUUCAACCGUAUGGCCUUCAGCACUCCCUGGAUCGCAAACUCGGUCGACCGAGAAGUUGACUUGUCGAUUCGACAGCGCUGGGAAAAGAAAACGCGUGCAGGCUGCAUCGCCAUCUUCCGCGAUCUCCUUGAGCUGCUUAAAGUCAAGCCUCCAUCAGUCUCAGGCUUUGCGGCAGGGUCUUCCGCAUCGUCGUCCAGUGGCUCGGCUUGCACGUCGACAAGGCUUGCUGUCCUUGAAUGGCUACUACGCUUCCGUACAGAUCGCCAGCAUCGCGUGUAUCUCGCCGGAGACCUCGAUGAGCUUGUGCACGCAAGCGCUGCCAUCCUCAUGAAAGGGCCCAAGGAGCCCGAAGGAGAACAAGCGCCUCUUGGACGACAGGCGAGCCAAGCAUCUCACAGUACCGACACACGCUCCCGCGCUGCCUCGAAGGCGGCUCCAGUCACUGCUCGCACGGAGCGCGCGGGACGCGAUGCUCAGCGCAGUGCCGACGCCACUGCCAGAUCCAAGUCUCGCCUCCGCGAACUGUCUCGUGAGCGAGGAAGGUCAGAGCGCAGCACAGAUACCUCGAAGCGUCCAGCAGGUGAACGCGAUCGCAGUAGCAGCCAGCAAAGGUCUGCUCGACCUGCGGUGUAUGAGCAUCUCUGGCGUCUGCCUCAGACGAUCUCGUUCGAGAUGCCAACUAUCUCGCUCCGCAGUGACAUCAUCUACACGUAUAUCCAUCAGCGAAACGACAUGGAGUGCUGUGCUGGCAACACCUAUCUGCAUAGCGACAAGGACAACAAACCUGCCCCCAUCCCUGUGUCGGAGUUCUUGGCUGUUGCGAUCGACAUCUUGCGUUCCGAACAAGACUGGGAGGUGGUGUCGUAUUUGCUCUGCCACUUGCCGCACCAGCUCAGUAACAAGCAUCUUUUCUGCGGUCCCAAGGCGCAGCUAGAGGUGCUGCACCUGCGCAAAGAGAUCUGCCAAGGCAUUUUGGACGACGCACUCUUGCCUAAAGUGCUUCUACCAGAAGACUUGAAGAAGACCGACGUGACAGCCGUCGUCUACGACACACUUGUCACGCUCAUCAGCUAUCGUACACUUUUCUCGCGAGCAGAGCAGGACGAGAUGGUAGAUGCUUUCAUCCGUGGUCUGAAGAAGUCCCAUACGACAGCAAGAUCCUGCAUCAAGGCUCUAUCGAUUGCAUGCUACGAGAUGCAGAAGAGCUUCACGCGCUUUUUCUCCAAUAUGCUACUUACUCUCACUGCUGUUCGCUCGCACAUGACGAUGAGUGUCCACAUUCUCGAGCUCAUUGCGACGGUUGCUGAGCAUCCGGCUUGCUAUGCCAACUUCACCGAGACCGACUACAAGCGCGUCUUCAGUAUCGUGCUGCAGUACAUCGAGUAUCACCAGAGUCCUGAAGCUGCGACGCGUGACGACUACCGCGCUAGCCCGGCAACCUUCUCGCUGCACCAGUACGUUAUGCUCAUGGCGUUCUACAACAUCUCACUCUGGUUUGUCAUUCUCAAGAUCGGUGACCGACCCAAGUACCUUCCCUACAUCUCGCGUGGCUUGCUGAAAGCCAAUGAAGGAAUGGAAGCUCUGUCAGAUCAGACUCAAGUCUGCUUCGAUUUCUUAGCUCGCUUCACUCACUCGAAUGCCGACAGCAAGCCGAAAAAGUCGUUUGUCAAUCAGCUGAUCAUGGGUGCUCCAUCUGCAGGCCCCGUCAAGGGCAAAGAUGCAGGUCGACAUUCGAAGACUUGGCUCAUGGGUAACGGUCUUCUCACAGUCUCGACGGCAAAGAAGGCAGGAUGGGCUGAGAUUGUCAUCCGUCGUCCCUCUGGUACGGCGACGAUGCUUUGCAAGUUGGAGAACAUGCCAACGGGCAUCUUCCCGGAUGAGAACGGAGAGAAGGACCAUUUGCCGGCCAUGCUGAUGAUGAACCGCCACCCGGACACGAUGGCUUCGCCAACGCUACCUGCACCUGCACCUGCAGAAGACCCCGCAGAGAUGCUGAUAGAAGGUCAGCGCGAACAAGGCGACGGAGAAAGCAAGGAGGGCGGCAGCAGCCUUCGCCGACGUGUUGAGGAACGACUCGAGAUCAGCGAACGUUUGCGUGCUCGUCGACCCCUUGGUCCUGCACACUUCGGCUUGGCUGCGCGCCCGCGAUCUUCGUCCUUCUCAGGAGCUCUUUCUCAGAGUUCGAACUUGCAGAAAGGUGCACUGAGUGAUGAACAUGCAGGUAGCUCGCUUGCUAUGCGCCAGGUCAUGCGCGACAUUCUUGGCACGGACAAGACAUUGACCGAAGACUCAACAGCGACGACCAAGCCAAAAGCAACGUCGAAGGAAGCAGAGGUUGAUCCGAGCUUCUUUGCGCUCCAACUUUCGACGUAUCCUGAUAUGCUGCACGACACUGCGCCAAUCUUGCUUCCCGAUGAGCCAGCAACCGAUAGGCUAAUUCGCACUGUGGACCUGACUCCAGUGGUCGACUUCCACAAGAUUGGCGUCCUGUACGUUGGACCAGGCCAGGAAGAUGAGGUCGAGAUCCUCAGCAAUCGACAUGGCUCUCGAGCCUACACCCGCUUCUUACAGGGCCUGGGACAUCUGGUCGCCCUCAAAGGUCAGGAAGAUGUCUACACCGGUGGGUUAGACCGCAACAACGACGAACAUGGCAAGCACGCCUACGUUUGGACCGACGAGAUCUGUCAGAUUGUCUACCACACGGCCACUUUGAUGCCUAACGACGAACGUGAUCCUAUCCGACGCUCCAAAAAGGCACUCAUCGGUAACGACUUUGUUCAUAUCGUAUUCAACGAGUCAGGCCGUGAUUACAAGUUCGGCACUAUCGCUGGUCAGUUUAACUACGUCAAUGUCUGCAUCAGCCCCACGACCCGUGGCGGAGUUAACCUCGGAUCGGCCAAUCCGGACGAUGCGAUCUUUUAUCAGGUCACAUUACAACGUCGACCUGGUAUGCCAGAGUUUUCGCCCGUUGGUGAUGGGCAGCUACUGAGUGCAGAUGCAUUGGCGAGCUUUGUUAGGAUCUUAGCGCUGCACAGUAAUAUGGCUAGUCAGAUCUAUUUGGAUACAGGAGAGGCGAUGCAGCCGUAUUCGAGUAAUUGGGUUUCGAGGUUAGGUCACAUUAGGAGAGCUAGACAACAGUUUGCUGCCAAAAAGGCAAAGGCUCAAGUUGAGGCAGGAGAAGUAGUGGAACAACAGCAAGGAGGAGGAGGUGGGAACAUGUCGGUCAACUCUCAGAUGGCGGAUUUGUAUGAUUUCACCAAGGCUUUCUAA